UGACAAGAACUCACUUUAACUAUCAAGCACAUAUAUCUUCUCAUUUCCAAGCACAGCAAACUAACCAUGGCACCCAUUUUACUGAACUGCGCGGGAAAGGAGGAUGAAGACUAUAUCAAACCACAACUUCAUGUGAAGAAUCCCCACUUGGACUCCAUGGAAGAGGACAUCCUCUACCACUUCAGCCUGGGAACCAAGACCCACAACCUGCCGGAGAUGUUUGGGGACGUCAAGUUUGUGUGUGUUGGCGGAAGCGGCAAUCGCAUGAGGGCUUUUGCCAAGUUCAUGCACCAGGAGCUGGGCUUGCCUGGGAACACGGACGAGAUCACUGAUAUCUGUGAAGGAACAGACCGCUAUUCCAUGUACAAAGUUGGGCCCGUGCUUUCUAUCAGUCAUGGCAUGGGUGUGCCUUCCAUCUCCAUCAUGCUCCACGAGAUGAUCAAGCUGCUCCAUCAUGCAGGCUGCCAUGAUGUCAACCUUUUCCGUCUCGGCACCUCAGGAGGAGUUGGUAUUUCCCCAGGUACUGUGGUGAUCACAGACAAAGCAGUGGACUGCUUCUUCAGACCCCAGUUUGAACAGGUGAUCCUGGGGAAGGUGAUCAUCAGGAGCACGGAGCUGGAUGCGGACUUGGCCGAGGAGCUUAGCCAGUACGCCAGCGAGAUGCCUGAACUGCCCACCGUCAUUGGGAAAACUAUGUGCACCAGUGAUUUCUAUGAAGGUCAAGGCCGGCUGGACGGAGCUCUGUGCUCCUUCUCCACUGAGGAGAAGGUGGAGUACCUGAGGAAAGCCUAUAACGCUGGUGUCAGGAACAUUGAGAUGGAGUCCACUGUGUUCGCUGCCAUGUGUCACAUGUGCAACCUCAAAGCUGCUGUGGUCUGUGUGACUCUGCUGAACCGCUUCGACGGAGACCAGAUCUCCACGCCCCAUGAGGUGCUGACGGAGUACCAGCAGAGGCCCCAGAACCUAGUCGCCCACUUCAUCAAGAAGCGCCUGGGUCUGAUUGUCUAAACGUAGAGCAACAAGCGUCCUGAUCUGUUGAUCUGUGUAUAUGUACAUACGUGUCAAUAUUUCUGUUAUUUAAAGGGGAUACUGCUUAAAGGAUAGUGAUAGGUGCUUUGUGUAGAAGUGAAUGUGGAGGACCUCUUUGUUCUUGGGGGGGGGGGGUUACGACUUCAGUGUGCUAUAGGUCAUGUGGUGGUUUUAACAUAAACAAGAGUUUUAUUGUUAGACCAGAAUAUCCAUAUUUAGUUUAGGACGCCGUUUAGUCCAUCUUUUUACAGUGUAAACUAAUUACAGAUUAAUGAGCCACAUAAACUGACUAGUUUGUCAGUUAUCAAUAUGUGUAUGUUAUGUGUAUAUUCCAUUCACUUUGUGACCUAGUUGUAUAUGUUGCAAAUAUAUGUAUUUUUUUAUUUUUAUGUUUUGAUGUAUAAUUUCAUUGUAUACAUUUGCCUAAUGUUUUUACUCUACUAAAUGUGUUAUUUUGAAUGAUGACAUUUCUGAUAACAACAAAAUAAAAAGUUUCUUAUAUAUAUUAAGUAUAUCUUAUUCUGAGUGAAAAUGUAAGGAACUACAGUUUGUAGCUAUUGGCUGCUGAAUUUUUCUUGGCCAUUGUCGGCCAUUUUGUUCCAUUAGCCAUAUGAAACUUAAAGAGACGUGAGCAAAUGAGGCCUAGUCAGGUUUGGCAUGCGUUCAAAGAAUGUGCUAGUAAUGCAGAAUGUCAAAUUUGGUUGAACCCUUAUGCAUGUAAUUAUAUUGUAUACACACACACACACACAUAUAUUAUCAAUAAAGUAAAUGUUUCUUUAUA